UUUUUUUCUGCAUCAGAGUGGGAUGUAGAUUUCUAUGAGGAUCUUCUUGCACACAGCUUCUCCUCACGCUCCAGUCCUUUUUUAACCCAGUAAAUGAUGGAAGUCAGUCAGCUGGAAGCCGUUUCGAUGGAGAGGAUUUUUUAUUGCUGAGACGGAGAACAAUCACUGGACGAUUUGGGGGUGUUUUUUUUGUAGUGGGAUGGGACUCAAUCACUUCCUGUGUCUGCUGCUCUGUGCAGCAGCCCUGACAGUUUCUGGAGUUUUUGGUAAAGAUGAGAACAGCGAGGCUCACAGGUGGACCAGACAGAGCCUCCCGGUGCUGCUGGACACACACACCGAGCCCCUAAACACGCCUUUGUUCAGAGGGCAGGAGGAGGAUGAAGAAGAGAGAGGAGGGACAAAGACACUCUGCGGAAUCGAGUGUCAAAGCAGCCUCCCACUUAUUGACCACACUGAGCAAGAGAGGAUUCUGGGAUAUGAGACAAUGUAUGAGAAUGGCACUCGCACGCAUACAGAUAUCAGUUUGCAGGGUUUCAACAAGACGUCUGCGGGAACACCAACCCACUCACCGGCUCGCACCCGCAGAAAACGACAGGUUUACGGAGCAGAUGGACGCUUUGUGAUCUCAGAUUCUCAUUUCGUCACCAACUAUCCUUUCUCCACCGCUGUUCGUCUCUCCUCCGGCUGCUCCGGAGUCCUAGUAUCUCAGAAACACGUGCUAACAGCGGCACACUGCAUCCAUGAUGGGAGGGACUACCUGGAGAGUGCCAGAAGGCUGAGAGUAGGGGUGUUGCAGCUCAAGACUAAAAGAAGAGGGGGCAGGAGGAGAGGAGGGUGGCAGAGGGGUGGGAGGAAAGGAGACAGGGAGAAAGGUGAGGAGCAGAUCAUGGAGGAAGGUGAGGAGCAGAAUAGUAUAGAUGGAGAUGUAAUUCGAGGGAGAAAGGGAGGCAAAGGCAGGAGGCGCAGAGGAAGAAAAGAGGGUGUAGCUGAUUAUGGGAAUAUAGGUGAGUUGGAGAGAGGAGGAGGAGGGAAACAAAGAAGUCUCAGCCGUAUACGACGUAGUGCUGAACCCAGGAAGCAGCCCGUCUUUCGUUGGACACGAGUCAAACAAACUAGAAUCCCUCAAGGAUGGAUCCAAACCAAGAGCUCCACCAGCUCAGUGUCCCCCGACUACGAUUACGCCCUCCUGGAGCUGAAGCGACCCCUCAAACAAAAGUACAUGGAGCUGGGAGUGGCGCCCUCCUCCACUCCCCUGGCACGGAUCCACUUCUCAGGCUAUGACUCUGACAAAAGCCUGCUGGACGGGCGCGGAAACGAGAAGGUGGUUUACCGGUUUUGUUCGGUGACAAACGAGUCUGACGAUUUGAUGUACCAGCACUGCGAUGCGCAGCCGGGUGCCACGGGUGCAGGUGUUUACGUUCGUCUGAGACAGGGAGUGGGAGACGCAGACAGGAAAGGGAAGUGGAGGCGGAGGGUGAUUGGGGUGUUUUCAGGCCAUCAGUGGGUGGAGGUGGAGGGAGGUGAGCAGAGGGACUUUAAUGUUGCAGUGCGGAUUACUCCACCCAAAUAUGCCCAGAUCUGUCACUGGAUUCAUGGAGAUCCAAGUCUCUGUAAAGAGGUUUGACUGCAAAGCGAUGGAUCUAGAAAAAUAUCUGUUGAAACUUAUAAGGAGACUCAAAGAUCUGGGUCUGUGUGUAUAAAACUUUUUUUAAAAAGACUUUUGAAUGGUCCUAAACUUUGACUUAUGAGUUGAAUUUAUUUCAGUAAAAAGUAGGACUUAGAAGCUUUGUACAAAGAAUCUAACUUUUAGUGAAUCUUAAAUGCAGACUGCAGUGUUGUCAAUUAAGGACUACAAUCAUGUCUACCCAAAAUGCACUUCCUCAAGCACUAAAACAGCCAAUAGCACGCCUCCAAAGGUUAUGUUAGGUUAUGUUAUGGGUCAUGGCUGCAUCACAGCUUAAAGUUUAUAGAAGAUAUUUCCCCAACAGCUAUAAUGACAAUAUUAAUAUGUAAAUAUUAAAUAAGGUAAAAAAGGAUAUCGUAACCAUUUUAAGAGAUACUCAUCAGUGGAGGUCCCAUAAAAAAAGUUUUUAUGUGAAUUAAAGGUGCUAUUGAUAACAUUGAUAACAUUCAGCCACUAGAUGUUGCAUUCUCUCUCCCUCGUUCCAUUGCAUUUACUUCACAACAGGUCGUUGCCAGACAC